GGCGCUCUCGCCCGAUUGCUCAGCGUGGCCCGAACCAGCAAAUCGCCGCCGGAUCCUUUUUACCAUUGGACGGGGUGGCAGGCAAAGAGCCUCGUUGCGCGGCUCACCGCUUUGUGGGUGUUUUGCUGUGGGGCUACUGGGAACCUGGCUCCCAACAGGCGUGCGAGGCGGUCCCAGGUAUUCUCAGCGAGUGGAAGGCAGCAGCUCAAGGGGGCAGAGUGUGGGGAACGCCAGGCGGGACGCUUCCCCCCGCCCCGCCGCCCUGUGAUAUGCCAGCCACAGGGUGACGCAAGGGCUGGAAGACUCCCGCUACACAAGCCAUUUGCACCUGCGUAAGAGGCGCCGGCGGAGUCGCAGCAGCAAAACAGAGGCAGCUUCUCUUGCUGCAGCCGCCCAGAGAGUCUCCCCAGAGCGGCCCCUGCAGUUGCUCGCCGCUGCCACCCCGCCUUUCCCAGUCGCCGCUGUCGCCGCCUCCUCCUCCUCCUCCUUUUUUCCGCCCUUCCUUACCAUCCUGCGACCUAGAGAAAAGCGAGCCAGUCCGCCUUGGAGCCAGCCGGGAUGUCUUCGCCGCCGGAUCGCCAGGGCUCCGGGGGGCACCAGGUUGGGGACGGCGCGGAGGACGAGAGCGCAGCGGCCGCCGGAGCUGCUCCAACGCGCUGGGAUGCCGAAGGCGCGCAGCAACAGCAGCUGGCGGCGGCAGCGGCGUUCGGCUCGGCAAAGGAACCCCCGCCCGUUUCCAUGGCGACUGCAUCCACAGGAAACAUGUCAGCUUCUUACCUUUAUGAUUACAAUUUUCCCAAGACGUCGGAAAGCGGCAGUGGCUCCUUUUACACUUCCCUGAUUUCUGAUGACCUCUACACUUCUCAGGAUUCCUCUUAUUUCACCGGCAAUCUGCCCAAAGGGGGGAGCCAUGUCACUCCUUCAGGUACCACAGAAGGAUUUCACACCCAGGAUGGGACGGCCUUUGAGUCCCAUGGCUUGCUUAGCUCUGAUUCUGGAAUAGAGAUGACUCCUGCAGAAUCCACCGACGUCAACAAAACCUUUGCUGACCCCAUGGAGCAGACGAAAUCAGACGCUUACAAAUACAUGGACAUCAGUAGGUCGGAAGAGAUCAAAUACCAAGAGAGGUGUGACACAGGCUUGGGAGACGUUGGCCCUCCCAGCUUCAUUAAUCAAUGCCAGGAGGAUAUGACUAGACCUAAGGGGACCGUUUUUGAGGAAAAACCUCUGGGGAAAGAGUCAGGUUUGUGUGAGGGCUCAACUUUUCCAUCUGAGACAUUUGGUGACCAACAGUUCCGUCCCUCAGUAACAGCACCGAUCAAGAUUACCCUGACUGAGAUAGAACCUGUAGAGGGGACAAAGGAGAAAAUGCCAGAAAAGCAAGAGGCAGGCCUGAAACCAAGCCGUGAAGUAGUUCCCACAGUGACCGUGUCUGAGCCAGAAGAUGACAGCCCAGGCUCUAUUACACCACCUUCUUCAGGGACAGAACCAUCUGGCUCAGAAUCCCAAGGUAAAGGAAGCCUGUCUGAAGACGAGCUUAUCAGUGCCAUUAAAGAAGCAAAGGGGUUUUCCCAUGAGCACCCUGAAUGCCAGAGGUUGCCGACCAUUGCACCAGAAAAGCAAGACCCCCAAAACAAGGUGCCGCACCUUCCAGCUGGCAGCCCUCACGGAGAUAAUGAAGCAAGCAGCGCUGAAUCUGGCGAUUCGGAGAUAGAGCUGGUCGCAGAAGAUCCGCUCGCUGCCGAGGAGCUUCUCCACUCCAACUACAUGACCUUCAGCCACGCCGGGGGGCCUCCUCCUUCCCCAGCCUCUCCCUCAAUACAGUACAGCAUUCUGAGGGAAGAGCGCGAGGCCGAACUGGACAGCGAGCUCAUCAUUGAAUCGUGUGACGCUUCGUCGGCCUCUGAGGAGAGUCCCAAACGGGAGCACGACUCCCCCUCGAUGAAGACUGUCAUUAUGGACAUUAUCCAGGAGGAAGGCCACUCCAGAAACGAAAACAGUGGGGCUUCCAAUUACCACGCAAGUAGCUCGAAGGAGAACAGGAUGAACAGGGAAAACCUAGCAGACUCUGCCGCCUACUUGAAGUGUUCCUUUGCCUUGCCUAAAGUUAACCCUGGCCCAGCGUCCGCUUCUGCCGUCAGCACUGAGGAGAUGAAGGACAAAGUAGCCCAGAAGAAAUUAGUCGAGGCACCUGGUACUGCAAACAAGCCACCUUCCAAGGGCGCAGGAGCAGGGGGUCCCUGGCCUUCUCCGCCACUGCCAUUUCUAAAUAAGCAAAAAGCUAUUGACCUGUUAUACUGGCGCGACAUCAAGCAGACAGGCAUCAUGUUUGGGAGCGUCCUGCUGUUGCUGUUCUCCCUGACCCAGUUCAGCGUCGUCAGCGUGAUUGCCUACCUGGCGCUAGCAGCUCUGUCGGCCACCAUCAGCUUCAGAAUCUACAAGUCAGUCCUGCAGGCUGUUCAGAAAACUGACAAAGGCCACCCAUUCAAAAGUUACUUGGAAAUGGAAAUGUCGCUCUCUCAGGAACAGAUUCAGAAAUACACAGAUUGCCUCCAGUCAUACAUGAACAGCACAGUCAAAGAACUCCGGCGACUUUUCCUGGUCCAGGAUCUGGUGGAUUCCUUAAAAUUUGCAGUACUAAUGUGGCUACUGACUUAUGUUGGAGCUCUCUUCAAUGGCCUAACUCUUCUGAUAAUGGCUGUGGUCUCAAUGUUUACUCUUCCUGUCGUAUACGACAAGUACCAGGCACAGAUUGACCAAUACUUGGGACUUGUGAGGACCCACAUAAAUACCAUUGUGGCAAAGAUCCAAGCAAAAAUCCCAGGUGCAAAGAGGAAGGCUGAGUAAAAGCAGCAUCAAGAAUUCAUCAGCUACAGGAGUGAAUGAUGAAGGAGUCUGGGAUGAAAACAGCUCUGUUCUUACUUUAUACUUAUAAUUUAUUGUUCCUUUGUUUCUCUCUCUCUCAUUCACUCACUCACUCACUCUUUUUCUCACUCUGGGUGAAGGCAGACGUAAAAUAGAUCUCACGGCAUGUCCCUAGACUACAGGGUGAGCUUGGUUUCCUUCUGGCUUCACCACAACUGAAAUGACAGGCAUGCAUGCCAGUGAACUUAAUGCUGGCUCAGUCGACUAUCACACUCUUUUCCCCACCACCAUUGCUUCAGGUUGGCUGUCCAGUUUUUUUCUUUUUAAAAAUAAAAAUAAGAGCAUAAUGUGGUUUUGCUCCCUGAUCGCCGCCUUAAUUUCUUUAUUUUAAAAGUAACUUUUUUAAAAAAAGGUGCAAAAGUACUUGAGGGGUAGGGAGGGAUAAGUGUCUGGGUGACAUCAUAGGGAGCUAGCCAAUCAGCACUGUGCAGAGCUGGCUUCUGCUUCGGAUCUGCAGAACUGUUUUUUCCAGAACUUGGCCCUGGAAAGGAAAGGUACACUUGGAUUGAAUGCAGUGAGGGUACCCCUUGAAGGGCUCCACUGCUCUAAACCUGUUACAUCUGUCUUCACCCCUCUCUCUUUCAAACACCAUGAUCUCAGAGAUGUGAAACAAUGAAGCAGCUGUUUUUCUCUCUCCUCUUCUGCUGUUUCUGUACUCUCUUAGACUAUUUGCAAUCACGUGUGUCAAGCACUAAAGUAUAGUAAAGAGAAAAAAAGUGUUCUAAGUGUGGUUCUUGUGUUGCUUCUCAAGUGCAUGAUGGUGAGAGCCUAAAAAUACUAUUGAACUUUCUAUUUUUUAUUUUCUAGUGCUUCUCUUACUUCUACUUCUUCUAUUGGCAUCGCUUUGAUAACUUUUAAUGUUACAUGUGGCUAGGGCUUUCCUGCUUAGUGCACUGAUGCAGUUUUGCUUCUCUGUCCACUGGGUUCGCUGGUUGGGUUUAUCUUUACUAUCUAGAAUCGUAGACAGAUAUGUCUUUAAGUGUUGUUGUUUUUUCCCAGCACAAGUAGUAAUAAUAAAAACCAGUACUUAUAUAAGCUGUUUUGUAUAACUCUCUAAGACAAACCAAACAAACCCAACCCAUCCAGUACUUUCUUUCUUCUUCUUCUUUUCCUUUUUUGGUUCUUAAGGGAUCAACAGGCUGAUCAACAUGUAUGGGAAUGAGGACUUACAGCUUGUAACAUGUAUCACAAAUUUAUAUGACGUUCUCUGUAGGAAUUAAUUAUGGAAUCUGAAUAUUUGCACUUAUGUACUUGAUACCGAAUGCAGAAAUAAAU